AUCGAAGUGUGGGUCGACGGAUGCGAUCGACACGUGAUGCAGGUGCCUUGCAGCAGACAAUCCGACAAGCCACUACCCGAUACUCGGCGUUGUCAUUGUUGAGCUGAUGUGGACCCCAAACCGAGGCACUCAGCAGAGUGGCGCAGGGGACACUGCCGAGGCAUCCCUGAUUCCAAGAGCCCGCCUCCCGCGUGCGCCCACGUCCCAACGUCUCGGGCGGUCCCGCAGCAAUCCACGGACAGCCUGUUCUGGAAGUCAUAUCCGGGGUUGGGAUGUUCUAAAAUAGACGCAGGAAUAACGGGCCCGAUACCUGGGCGGUUGGAUACCUAGUAUUCAAACCUCGCAUGCCGCCGCUUUCAGUGGUGUGCGAAUCUUUGCAGGUCCCCCAUCACUAUCUAUCCGGUAUACAACGAACGGGCUGCAGAUCUGCAGCGCACCGCUAGUCGGCGCAUCAAAACGACAUCGCACAGCAACAGCUGCCCUCCUGCCUUUGACUCUUCCCCAUCAUUUGCUUGUCGAGUCGUGCGCAGCCAACCUAAAAGCGUCUCCCACUCCACGCUUCCCAGUCCCCAAACUGUCGCUGCGUCGGUGUGCCAAGAUGAUAGGCUCCUGGUUGGGCCUGGCGAGCAUCCGCUUCACACACGCACCGGCACCCCUCGUUCUCCGCACCAAGGAUGGCGAGAAAAAGAGCCUGGUCGAGGUGUGCAUGGACAGCGUGCCGCCCUGUAGACUGAACCCGUUCCUGUUCAAUGGCCAUCUGCAGACCAUGUGGACCGCGAUGUCGACCGAGGGCCCUCAAAUCUACUACAGGAGGAAGGUCUUCGAAGCUGACCACGACAGUUACUUUGGCUCCUUCGCCGUCGACUUCGCGGUCCCGCCUCACAAGGACGUUGAUGACACGCUGCCGCCUCGCACCGCACACUACUCGGACAAAGACUUUGCCGCGCUGGGGUCCGACGACACCCGCCCGAUGCUCGUCGUGAUGCACGGUCUGUCUGGCGGUUCGUACGAACUCUAUCUCAGGGAGGCUAUAGCACCUCUGCUCGCCGAAGGGUCGGACUGGGACGUCGUCGUCGUCAUCUCCAGGGGCUGCGCCAAGAGCCCCAUCACCAGCGGCGUUCUUUUCAACGCCCGGGCGACCUGGGAUGUGAGACAGUUUGUCAAGUGGUGCCGUAAGACGUACCCUAACCGCCCACUGUUCGGACUCGGAUUCUCCCUCGGUGCCAACAUCAUCACCAACUAUGUUGGUGAAGAAGGGGCAAAUUGCCUCCUAUCCGGGGCCAUCGCGGUCGGCAGUCCCUUCAACUUGGAAGUCUCAAACAAGGCGCUGAAGAGGUCCACUCUGGGGCUUCACGUCUACCAGAGAGUCAUGGGAUCCAACGUAAAGAGACUCGUUGCGGAGCACAAGGAGUCUCUCGAGAUUCACAGCAAACUCGACUUCGAGAGGAUUGCCAAGACCACUUAUCUCUACGAGUUUGAUCGUGCAGUACAAUGCCCUUGCUGGGGAUACCCCACCGAAGACGCGUAUUAUCGCGACUCGUCCUCUUCGGAUGCUAUUCUUGGCAUCAGGAUACCCUUCUUGGCCAUCAGUGCAACCGACGACCCGAUUGCGGUCGACGAGGCGGUGCCGUACGAGGAGUUCAAACAGAACCCAUUCACUGUUCAUUGCAGUACAUCACUGGGCGGCCAUCUGUCCUGGUUUGAGCUUGGCGGCGGCCGAUGGCACAAGCGACCGAUCGAGAAGUUCCUCAGGACCAUGGCGUCGAACAUCGAUUUGAACUUUAGCCGAUCAGUGUCAAACAACACCAUUGAACCCAAGCCCCGUGGCACCCAAGGCUUUGACCCCCUCAGGCGGCGAAUGAUAGUCAAGCAUCUAGAGGCAGAGGACUAGAGACCUUGAUUUCUUUGGUGAUUCCGCGACGCGACAUGCAUACGCAGUUUGUACAGAUCAUGGGAUAGAUAGACGUAAAUCGGUGAACAUAGAACAUGACUUGGAGCAUCUUUCCUCAAGCGAUGCAACAUUUUGCCUCCUCGUCCGACGCUGCCACAUGUUACAAAUGUUGUAGGGUAGGUAUACUGAGUCCGAAAUAUAACGUUUCUCCAAGACCAGAUGAA